GAUAAAAUGACAAAUUUUCUUAUAUACACAUUUAAUUAUCAUUCCCGAGGACACUGUCACAUAUAAAAAUAAUUGCCUUACAGACAGAGGCACUCGUCUCCAUCCUGGGCAAUCAUGAAGACACUCGUGCUAUGCAUAUUCGUAGCUGGGGCACUAGGUGCCCCAUCCCGUAAGCCUACUUUCCGUCGGGGAUUGAACAAGAUUGUUGGUGGUCAAGACACGCAUCAUGGUGAGAUUCAGUACCAACUUAGCCUUCAAGAUACCUCGUACAGUGAGCCGUGGCACUUCUGCGGUGGUAGCCUGUACAGAGAUCACUGGGGCAUCACUGCUUGUCACUGUGUACAGUUCGAUGUGGCUAAUCCAGGGAUUAUCCAGGCUGUGGCUGGUGAAUACACACUGUACGUUAAUGACGCAUCCGAGCAACCACUUAGACUUGAUGAGAUCAUCCUUCACCCAGAAUUCGACAGCACGGCACUUACAAACGACGUCGCCCUCAUUCACUUUAAGCAAGCAAUGAUUACCAACGAAUACGUUAAUCCCGUCGGUCUUCAAACAGAAAAAGAGCUUGUAGGCGUUGAUUGCAUCGUAACGGGAUGGGGAGCCCUGACAGAGGGAGGGAGUGCUGCUACAGUCCUGCAGAAGGUUCAUGUUCCUACUGUGUCUGAUGAAGAAUGUAGAACAUCUUACACUGGUAUUGAGGAUUCCAUGAUCUGCGCUGGAUAUCCUGAGGGGGGAAAGGAUGCCUGCCAAGGUGAUUCUGGUGGGCCUAUGGUUUGCGAAGGAUACCUUACUGGCAUUGUGUCUUGGGGUUACGGAUGUGCGCGCCCCAACUACCCAGGGGUUUACACGGAGGUAGCCUACUUUGUGGACUGGAUUAUCGCCACUGCAGUAUAAAUUGUAGCUACCAGUGAGACCAUCAAAGCAUAGCACAUUAAAUAAGAAAAAGUUA